UUCAGUUCAGUUCACGCUUCGCCUUCGUCUCUAGCGGUCGUGUGUUCCGUCGCGUCUCGAGCGAACUAGUGGGAGUAACAAUAGUGAAAGACCGAAAUCGAUCGAGUCGCGGGCCGAGAGCAUUCGCCAAGAACCAGAAACCAACAGCUCACCACCAAACCCCAAGCUAGCAACCACACCUUCAACAUGUCCUCAAUUGACGCGCUCUACAACCGACCCGGGCCCAACCGCCUGCGGCAUUCGGACGUCUACCGCACCACUAAUCGCCAGGACGCCGUCAAGAUCCGCCUGGCAAAGGAGGGCAUCGGCGCCGAGGAGCCCAUCUCGGUGCCCGGCCUGCUCAAGCGCACGGUGAACAACUACGGCGACUAUCCCGCCCUGCGCACCAAGAACGGCAAGAAUGGCUACACCACGGUCACGUACAAGCAAUACGAGGAGAAGGUGCACCAGGUGGCCAAGGCCUUCAUCAAGCUGGGCCUGGAGGAACACCACUCGGUGGGCGUGCUGGCCUUCAACUGUGCCGAGUGGUUCUACUCUGCCAUGGGCGCCAUCCAUGCGCGCGGCAUAAUCGCCGGCAUUUACACCACCAACUCCGCCGACGCGGUCCUGCACGUCCUGGAGAGCUCCCACGCCCAGAUCGUGAUCGUGGACGACGCCAAGCAGAUGGACAAGAUCCACUCCAUCCGCGACAAGCUGCCCAAGCUCAAGGCGGCCAUUCAGAUCCAGGAACCAUAUUCUCCAUACCUGAAGAAAGAGGACGGUUACUACCGGUGGUCGGAGAUCGAGUCGAUGAACGUGAGCGACGUGGAGGAGCAGUUCAAGACCCGCCUGGAGAACAUCGCGAUCAACGAGUGCUGCUGCCUGGUGUACACCUCCGGCACGGUGGGCAUGCCCAAGGGCGUGAUGCUGUCCCACGACAACAUUACCUUCGAUGUGCGCGGCAUAGUCAAGGCCAUGGACCGCGUGGUGGCGGGGGCGGAGUCGAUCGUCUCCUAUCUGCCGUUGUCGCACGUGGCCGCCCAGACUGUGGACAUUUACACCUGCGCCUAUGUGGCCGGUUGCAUCUGGUUCGCCGACAAGGACGCCCUGAAGGGGACGCUGGUCAAGUCGCUGCAGGAUGCGCGGCCCACGCGCUUCAUGGGCGUGCCGCGCGUCUACGAAAAGUUCCAGGAGCGGAUGGUGGCCGUGGCCAGCUCCAGCGGCAGCCUGAAGAAGAUGCUUGCCAGCUGGGCCAAGGGCAUCACGCUGAAGCACUACAUGGUGAGUCAAGGCAAGAGUUCCGGGGGCUUCCGCUACAAGAUAGCCAAGUCCCUCAUCAUGUCGAAGGUGAAACAGGCCCUGGGCUUCGACAGGGUGCUGACCCUGGCCAGUGCCGCCGCUCCCAUGUCACCGGAGACGAAGAAGUACUUCCUGAGCCUGGACCUGAAGAUAGUGGAUGCCUUUGGCAUGUCGGAGACGGCCGGCUGUCACACCAUCUGCCUGCCCGACUCGGUGGCUCUCAAUUCCAUUGGCAAGACUCUGCCCGGAUGCGAGUCGAAGUUCAUCAACAAGGACAGCAAUGGCCACGGCGAGCUGUGCAUCCGCGGACGCCACGUUUUCAUGGGCUACAUCGAUAACAAGGAGAAGACCGAGGAGUCGCUGGACGACGACUGCUGGCUGCAUUCCGGAGAUCUGGGCUUCGUCGACGACAAAGGAUACGUCUCACUGACCGGCCGGUCCAAGGAGAUCAUCAUUACCGCCGGAGGCGAGAAUAUCCCGCCCGUUCACAUCGAGAACAUGAUCAAGAAGGAGCUGGAUGGCAUCUCCAACGCCUUCCUGGUGGGCGAGCAGCGCAAGUAUCUCACUGUGCUGAUCACAAUUAAGACCGAAAUGGACAAGGACUCUGGCGAACCCCUCGAUGAGCUGAGCCACGAAUCUUCGGUGUGGGUAAAGUCGCUGGGAGUGGAACACAAAACCGUGUCCGAGAUCCUCGCGGCCGGACCCUGCCCCAAGGUGUGGAAGUCUAUUGAAGACGGCAUCAAGCGCGCCAACAAGCACUCCAUAUCCAACGCCCAAAAGGUGCAGAAGUUCACAAUCCUGCCGCACGACUUCUCCAUUCCCACAGGCGAGCUGGGACCCACUCUGAAGGUCAAGCGCAACGUGGUUUCCAAGAUGUACGCCGACGAGAUCGAGAAACUGUACGCCUAGACAGCAGAGCCACGCUGGAGCGGAACUUGAGCUUUAAUGUGAAUUUUUGAAUUUAACGGACUUUCAAGCCAAUUGAGUGCCACUUUACAUAGGAUAUAGGCGGAUGUUAACUGUUGGAUAUUAUAUUUAGAUUCAAGGCCCCGCAUCUUAGGACAAUUGGGCCCGUAUGCCCAUUUAGACCUUAGCUUGCCCCGACCAGAUCCAGAGAUCUGUCAAACUAGCACCUAAGCCAUAAUUCGUAAAUACUAAUUGGUUGUACCAACUGAAACAAGAGAACUUUUUUAUUGUCUGAAGAGCAACAAUAAACUGAAACUAUAUAGACUUA